UUUUCUCCACAAAUUUCGGCGUCCCGUUAGUGCUCGCUCCACUUUCAAUGAAAAUUCUACUAAACAUUUAUUACUGUUUUGGAAUAUAUGGAGACUAGAGAGGGAUUCUUUGCACAGUUUUCAUAGACUCAACUUUUCCUUUACUUGAGAAUGAAAAAUCAUUUCCGGGUUGAUUGUGCUUAUGGGCACCGUUGAGUUCUAUGCUAUGCUCAAAACCCGCUUUACUCAUGUAGAUUAUACGAGGUUGCUGCUGUGUGAGCUUUUGCUCGAAACAAUGUCCAGGUUUGGGAGUGUUUUCUUGGCUUCUGUGUGUGCUUUGAUGGUCAGGAUUUUUGGGUUCAUUUCCAGAUAUGUGUACAGACAAAAGCCCUGUCUUGUUGAAGAGGAUGAUUCAGGUUUCAGUACCAAUCGUUGUGAUGACGAAGUUGUCCCCAAGAUUCCCACGGUUUUCUUGUCUAGUGGGCUUGCUGGAACAGAGAGUUUAGGUUUGCAGAAGAGCGAUGAUUCCAAUGGUAAUAUUGCAGAGACAGAGGGCUCUGUUUUCUUGCAAAGUGGCCUGAUUUCUAACACCAGUAAGUAUCAAUUUAUGUCUGGUGAAAAUGUAAGUGGAUUCUUAGAAGAGCCAAAAACAGUGAAAUUUGUGGUCCAGGAAAUGUUUGUUGGAUCAAAUGAGGUUCUUGUUUGCAGUGAUCAAACUCUUGCUUGUGAAAUUUCUGAAAGAAGAGAUCCUUUGGAGCAGAAGUUGGACGAAAUCCGACAAGAAUUGGAUGAAGAAUCAGACUCCUUUUCAUUUAGUUUUAAACUGUUCAAUGCUUCCUGUUCAACUGUUGAAGGUACUCAAGGGCAUGUGUUAGAGUUGGAAACUAAUGGUCAAGAAACGGGAGAUGACCCUUUCCAAAUUCUUCCUAGUGAAGAAGUUUGUGAGGAGAAACAAAAACUAAAUUCUGCUGAAUCUAAAGAUUUUCGAGUUGAAGAAGAGGAAAUUCCGGAGGAUCAAGAUUUUUCGUAUGAGAUUGAAUUGCUUUCGCACAGCAAAUUAUCAUGUCCUGAUGCAAACCAAGAGUCUGAUUCUGCUGGAGAUGAGAUACUGAUCAGCAAUCAAAGAUUUGAGCCUACCAAUGAAGCAUUGCUUGGUGAAACUGAUAGGAGAAAACAAGAAGAUCUUGAGAAAGAGCACAGUGUUGAUCAGGUGCUUAUAGUUAUGAGGAAUUUGGAACUAGGCAGAGAAAGAGCAGACGAUUUGGAUGAUGAAUACAUAGAAUUAGAACCUCUGCAUUCCAAUUUACAUGAACAGAAUACUACGCACAGUGAAAUAUUGCCGGACAGUUGCCAAGAAUGGAAAACUUGUUUGGAUUCAGAAUCUGAUGAUGAUGAAGAUGGACCAGAUGUGUUGUGGGAACACCAGCAUUUAGUUAAACAGAUGAAGAUGGAGCUGAAAAACUGUAGAAUCAGAGGCCUUCCUACUAUAUCAGAAGAGUGCGAGAGUGAGAAUCCUCAGAUGGCAGACGAAUUGAAACCUCUGAAUAUUGAUCAGAAGAUUGAGUACAAAGACAUAAUGGAGGAAAUCCAGAAGUUCUACAAGAGCUACACGGAAAAAAUGCGCAAAUUGGACAUCUUGAAUUACCAAACCUUACACGCAAUCAGUUUCCUCCAGCUGAAGGACUCCCAAGUAUUCAAUGCACGCAAAAAGUUGGCAGAUUCAAUACCUUCUAUUUUGCCGAAGAUUUGGCCAUGCAAGGGACAGAGGAUCUAUGCUGAUCCGAUGCAGAAAUCAAUCACUGAGAUACAGCGUGAUUUGGAGGUGGUCUAUGUGGGACAACUUUGUCUUUCAUGGGAAAUCCUCUGCUGGCUGUAUGUAAAAGCACGAGAGUUACUGGAAUAUGAUGCAAUGAAAGGGAACCACUCUUACAACCGAGCUGCUGAGGAAUUUCAACAGUUUCAAGUGCUCGCACAGAGAUUCAUAGAAGACGAACCGUUUCAAGGAAAGAGAAUUCAGAACUAUGUCAAGAGCCGGUGCGUGAUACGCAGUCUUCUUCAGGUCCCAACGAUCAAAGACGAUUGUUUGAAGGCAAAGAAGGAAAGAAGAGAGGAAACAGACGCAAUUUCACUUGAACAGUUGGUUGAAAUCAUCUGGGAGUCAAUGCUGGUUUUCAGGGAAUUUCUUUCCGCUGACAAGAGAUCAACAAACGUGGUCCUAAAGGGUAUUCAAGGAACUAAAGUUGAUGUCGAAGACGCUGCAAACUCAGAGCUUCUAGUUGAUAUGAUUACAAACCUACAAAAGAAGGAGGGGAGAAUAAGAGAACAGGUUAGAAGCCAAAACUGCAUAGUGAAGAAGUUCAAGAAACAGCAAGAAUCCCUACUGGAUGUUGAUCUGUUGACAUCUCAGGUGGAGCUGAGGCUGGUUUCGAGAGUCCUCAGACAGUCAAGAUUAACAACGGACCAAUUACUAUGGUGCCGUAACAAACUUAACAGCAUCAGUUUUGUGGGCAGGAAGGUUCAUGUGGAGCCAUGUUUCUUGCUUUUUCCCUCUUAAAGAUCUUACACUUUCUGCGCACAUUUGCAGUGCAAAUGGAGGUUUCUUACAGAUAAGAAAGCAUGGUAGAGGGACUUUAUCGUGCAAAUUAGGGAAUGUCCAACUUUUGUACAUAUUAGAAAAGGGUAAAGUUAGUGAAAUGGUGCAUGGCAAGUUAAUAGUCGGCGACAUUGUGAUGAGUUUAGAACGUUUAUAAGUUUUUAUAUAAAAUGCAAUUUACCACAUGUAAUAAGGCUCCCUUUGAAAAAACAACUGCAAAUUAUCCU